GCGGUUUGAAAGGCCCGAGCCUCGCGCGCUUGCGCAGUUGAGCUCUUUGGGCCCCCAGUCGGGGGAACAGUCCCCCCCGCCCCGCCGCCACCCCACACGUCUUCUUUCUUUAAGAGUCCCAGCGAAGCCCACGACGGUGACAUGCCCGAGAUCCGCCUCCGCCACGUCGUGUCCUGCAGCAGCCAGGACUCGACACACUGUGCAGAAAACCUUCUCAAGGCAGACACUUACCGCAAAUGGCGGGCAGGCAAGGCAGGCGAGAAGAGCAUCUCUGUGGUCCUACAGCUGGAGAAGGAGGAGCAGAUACACAGUGUGGACAUCGGGAAUGACGGCUCGGCCUUCGUGGAGGUGCUGGUGGGCAGCUCGGCUGCAGCGGCUGGGACCGGCGAGCAGGACUACGAGGUCCUUUUGGUCACUUCCUCUUUCAUGUCCCCUUCUGAGAGCCGCAGUGGAUCAAACCCCAACCGUGUUCGCAUUUUUGGGCCUGACAAACUGGUCCGGGCAGCAGCUGAGAAGCGCUGGGACCGUGUCAAGAUUGUGUGCAGCCAGCCCUACAGCAAGGACUCUCCUUACGGCCUGAGUUUUGUGCGGUUUCACAGCCCCCCAGACAAAGAUGAGGCAGAGACCUCAUCCCAGAAGGUGACAGUGACCAAGCUCGGCCAGUUCCGUGUGAAGGAGGAGGAUGGCGGCGCCAGUGCCCUGAGGCCAGGGGCCCUCUUCUUCAGCCGCGUCAGUAGGACGACUGCAGCCGCAGCCAGUGACCCCGCAGGACCCAGCUAUGCUGCGGCCACGCUCCAGGCCUCCAGCGCGGCCUCCGCGGCGCCUCCUGUCUCCACGGCCGCAGGCAGUGCCUCCAGGGUGAGGUCGCUGGAGGUGGGUGGGCUGCAGGAGGAGAGAAGCUGGACGUCUCAGCCUGCUCCUGCCCCUCAGCCUCAGGAGUCCCCUCGAGGGAAGAGAAAGUUGGAUUUGGAUGUGGAAGAAAGGAAGACCCCUAGCAGACCCUCAGCCCAGCUCUCACCGCCUGUCCUCAAGAGACCCAAAUUGCCAGCUCCCACCCGCACCCCAGUUACAGCCUCAGCCCCAGCUUCUACCCCAGCCCAGGGGGCAGUGCCAAAGAAGCCCCAGAGCAAAGGCGCAGAGCCCAGGGGCGCUCGUGCUGGCCCUCAGGAGCUGGGGAAGAUCCUGCAGGGUGUGGUGGUGGUGCUCAGUGGCUUCCAGAACCCCUUCCGCUCGGAGCUCCGAGACAAGGCCCUGGAACUGGGGGCCAGGUAUCGGCCAGACUGGACCCCGGACAGCACCCAUCUCAUCUGUGCCUUUGCCAACACCCCCAAGUACAGCCAGGUCCUGGGCCUGGGAGGCCGCAUCGUGCGCAAAGAGUGGGUGCUGGACUGUCACCGUAUGAAGCGGCGGCUGCCCUCCAGGAGGUACCUCAUGGCGGGGCCCGGCUCUAGCAGCGAGGACGAAGGGGACGCCCACAGUGGCAGCAGUGGUGAUGAAGCCCCCAAGCGUCCCCGAAAGCGUCCCCAGGCCAAAGCCGAGCUCCCCCAGGCUGCAGGACCCAGCUCUCCCCAGAAGCCCCCGACCCCCGGAGAGACUAGAGCGCCCUCACCAGGACUCCAAGACAGCACCGACAUUGAGGGGGAGCAGUCAGGAGGACAGGACAGUGGGGCCGAAGACUCGGGGGACACAGAGGACGAGCUGAGGAGGGUGGCUGAGCAGAGGGAGCAGAGGCGGACCCCAGGUCCAGGGGAGAACGGCGAGGACCCAUACGCUGGCUCCACAGAUGAGAACACUGACAACGAGGCUUCCUCAGAGGCUCCUGACCUGCCCAUUCCUGAGCUACCAGACUUCUUCCAGGGCAAGCACUUCUUCCUGUAUGGGGAGUUCCCUGGGGACGAGAGGCGGAAGCUCAUUCGAUACGUCACAGCCUUCAACGGUGAGCUGGAGGACUACAUGAGUGACCGGGUCCAGUUUGUGAUCACAGCCCAGGAGUGGGAUCCCAGCUUUGAGGAGGCCCUGAUGGACAACCCCUCCCUGGCCUUCGUCCGGCCCCGAUGGAUCUACAGUUGCAAUGAGAAACAGAAGUUGCUCCCCCACCAGCUCUAUGGGGUGGUGCCCCAGGCCUGAAGCACACGCAUGGGUUUAAUAAAGGUGACUUGCUUUUGA